UAUCUUUCGAUAUCUGGCUUUUUUUUAGCUUCAAAGUGAUACCUUAGUCAUUGGUAAAGACGAUGUCCGGAAAGUGCUAGAUGAUGUUGGUAAAGCAGUCCAAGAUGAAAUAAGGACUGAAAAAUUUGAUUUCAAGAAGGACGCUGAAAAGCAAAAGUUAAAACUUAUCAAAAUGACCAAAAGAUAUGUCAGUGCUAUUGGCAAACAUGGAAAAAUGUCAGUGUCUCAACUAGAUGAAGCAUAUAGAUCUGCAAUUGAUGAAAUAGAAAAACAAAGAAAGAAAGUGGUUAAAGAAGUACAAGCUGAAGGAGAAAAACAAAAGAAGAUUAUAGAGGCGAAAGGACGUGCUAUUUCAAAAAAGAUAAUCAUCGCAGUUCAAACAAAAGCUGACAUUGUUAAGAGAAAAAUGAGAAAACAGUUUAAUCAAGAAGUUAAAAGGUUGAAAACAGAGGCCAAUGCUAAUGUAAUAAUGAUUCCGUCGGAAGCUGGUAAAGCUGUUAAAGAAAUAAAGGAAGCCAUAGAUACAGGUGUGAAAGAAAUAGGGGCGAACCCCGUUAUAAUGCUGUCGUCUGCAGUUACUCGGAUGGAACAGCUAAAUGACUGUGCUGAAGCAUUAAAACAUACUGAGAAAUCAAAAACAGAAAGCGAAAAAGAUACAUACAACAAAUUAAAAAAGGAGCUGAAAGACGAUUUGGCUACCUUCUACAAAACAAGAUACAGUACAAUACCACUGUCACCGCUAGUCGAGGGACACGACACUCCCCUUGCAAAUUUUUACAUUUUGCCUGAAAUGAAUUUCCUUGAAAAGCAGGACAAAAAGCCAGCUGGGGAAGAGACUAAAACGCCAGUCAAAUCAUUGUCGGAUGUAUUCCAGUCUGAAAACAGUUGUGAAAUAUACUUAACCGCUGAUGCUGGAUUUGGAAAAACUGCAUUUUCAAAAUAUCUUGCUGUCACAUGGUGCCAGGCUCAUUGUCCCGAAAGGAAAUACAAAACGUACUUCUCAGUAGAUGCGAUAAAUGCCAUGCGUGAUUUUGAGUUUUUGUUUCUUGUAUUAUUACGGGAUUCUUCUGAUGAUUGCAGCAUUGAUGAUUUAAUAAUGAAUCAGAUCAUACAAAAUUUGUCACUGCUGUCUUCCGAAAUGACAAUGCAUUCUCUACAGAGAAUUCUGCACCGGGAAAAAUCUCUGAUUAUUUUGGACGGCUUGGAUGAAUGGACCCAUCCUAAAAAGAAAUGUACAAAAGUACCAAAAACAAUCCCUCAUCGUAAUGCACGUGAAAAGUGUGUAAUCCUUACAACGACAAGACCUUGGAAAUUAGGUGUGUUAAAUCUUAAAACUAGUGAAAUAGAUAAAAAAGUGGAACUAGUAAAACUAACCUCCGAGUCAGCACAGACAUUAGAGGAAAGAGCGAUUUCAAAAAUAAAAAAUCUUGAUGUUGCUGAAGCAAAAAUUCUGGCCAAACAAUUGAAUGAAAAUAUCAAAAAAAAUAAACUCGAGGAUCUGGAAUCCGUCCCCCUUCUUUCGAUGUAUCUCAUUUGUUUAUGGUGUGAAGAUAUUCCACUAGGACAGUCAAAGUGUGGACUAUAUGCAAGCAUUAUUGAACUCCUGCUGUCAAGAACUAAAAGCAAACAUCCAGCAAUGGAACCAACAUGCGAACCCUCACAGAGUGAUAUCCCACAAUGUUUCAGUGAACAUGAACAUUGUAAUCAAUAUUGCACAUAUUUGAAAGCUUUAGGUAAAUUAGCAUUUGAAACGUUAUUCAGUGAAACAAAGGAGAGCACUCUUGUUUUUACCAAGUCAAUCGUAGAUAAGUAUCUCUCACCAAAUGAUUUCAAAUUAAGUCUUGACUUGGGAAUAUUAACACAAAGUACAGAAAGGACACUAAUCAAACAAAUUUCUAAAGUUUCUUUUUCACACAGUACGAUGCAUACAUUUUAUUGUGCAUUGUACGCUAGCUUUCAAAAUGAAAAUGAUAUAAAAGACAUUGUUCUAAAGACAUGCAAAAGUUUGCAAAGUAUUCUUGACAUGUCCACAUUGUUUGUAUUCAUCAGCGGAAUGAAUACAGAUAUCAUGUCUUCAAUAUCUCACGAAUUUCUUUCUGUUAUCAACGUAGAUAAGAGAACGAGCGAAUACAGAUCUCAUCUUGAGUACGAGCAGUACGCAAAGCACCCUCUGAAAGACAUACAAGACAUGUACAUUUCUUGUAUGAAAGAAAACACAAGCGAUAAGGAACUCAAACUUUUCUGCCAAGAUUUUUUCUUUAGCGGAGAUUGUAAAGAAGAAAAAUACUUUUCACAGUUAACACGGCUUAUGGUUCACAAUAAAAAUAACUUGGAGUCAAUAAAUAUCAACACUUGGCUUGAUGGUAUUAGUUUGUGUACAAUUAUUGAUUCUUGUGCACUUCGUGAACUGUUCCAGAUGAAUAAAAUAUUCUACGUUGGUCAAGGUGAAGAAGAGCAGCUUCCUGUACUGUUGAACAGGUCGCCAAAAUGUGUCACUGUAAGAUCGCCUCGUCUAAGUGGUUCUUGCAGCCGUGAAAUGUGGGAAACAUUACAGAAUAAUUCUCUGUUACAAGCAAUUUGUAUCUCAGGUUUCGCAAUGAGUCACGAUAUACUGAAUGACUUUCUGAAUUAUAUUAUAAACAGAAAAACAAUGACGGAGAUUAGAUUGUGCUACUUAUCGUGUAUCGAGCACAAGCGUUCGUGCGCUUUCAGUUUAGAUUUUAGUCAGCAUUCAGAUCUAAGGAAGUUAGAACUGGCAGAGAUACCUGAAGUGUCACAACUGAAAAUCAAUAGUCAAGUGAAACACUUGGAGUUGGAGGAAAUCAAGCUAGGUGAAAAGUCGCUGCCUCCUGAAAUGAAAAAUAUUGAAAGUGUUGAUUUACAGAGUGUAAUCAUGUCUGCUUCAACAUUGUAUGAUCUCGUUGAGGUAUUGAAGAAACUUUUACACAAAGUCACAGUAAAAAUAGUCGGGGGUAAGAUAAAACCGACACCAGAGUUUAAAGCCCUUAAACAAUAUAUACACUCAUCUCAGAAUUUCAGAGUCAUGAAGGAUGAAGGGUGGGGGAAGUUUGUGUUUGAAACAAAAGUUGAAAGUUAAGUUACUUAAUAAACUUGACUGAUAGUAUAAAUGUAUAUAAACAUUAUUAAACAUUAAAGAUAUGUCACAUGUGUUUACACAAUGACAUAUAUGACAUUUGUGUGACAUACAUAUUUGUACAUAAUUAAAUUUGGGACAGUUGCAUGUGGACAUAAAAUUAAUUAUUGGAGGAAAGGAUGGACGUUCGUAUACAUGGAAUUAUGCACAAGUCCAGUUUCCCUUUAUGCUUCAGAUAAAUGAUCGACGCUAUCACCUCAAAACUAUAGACGUACUUCCUGUGGCCAGGCUACGCAAUUACAUCGCCAUAAUAUACAUGGAUUUACAAUUUGCCGCAAAUACUUCUGGAGCAAAGAUAUACUUCCGGUGGCUAGGCUGCACACGCCAUAACAUACUUUGCAUGACCUCUUGUUUCCGGCCAUUGGACAUAAAAAUUGCAUGACUAUAAUCUUAUUAUACCCAACAAUCUGUGAGAAAAACUGCUUUCAAUUAUUAAUUUUCAUUACCAGAGACAAAUCGUACUAUAUUUCUUAAAUUAGUUGGUAAAAUAAAUGUCUGACUUUCAUUUAUAUGUGUCCGGGCUGUAAAUCUUCUAUUCAUCAAGGGAUUUUGAAAUAACUUUGCAUAAAUGUUCACCAUAAUGAGACAGCGUAUCAUGCCCAAAACCCAGACCCCUAGCUCCAAGGUAAAGGUCACACUUAGAGGUCAAAGGUUAACAUUGUCUGUUUUGUGUCCGGUCCAUAACUCUGCCAUCCAUGAAGGGAUUUUGAGACAACUUGGCAUAAAUGUUAACCAUAAUGAGACGACUUGUCAUGCGCAAGACCCAGACCCCUAGCUUCAAGGUCAAGGUCACACUUAGAAGUCCAAGGUUAACAGGGUUUGUUUCAUGUCCGGUCCAUAACUCUGCCAUUCAUUAUGCGAUUUUGAAAUUACUUGGCAUAAAUGUUCCUCAUAAUGAGAUGAUGUGCCAUGAGCAAGACCCAGACCCCUAGCUCCAAGGUCAAGGUCACACUUAGAAGUCCAAGGUUAACAGGGUUUGUUUCAUGUCCGGUCCAUAACUCUGCCAUUCAUUAUGCGAUUUUAAAAUUACUUGGCAUAAAUGUUCCUCAUAAUGAGACGACGUGUCAUGAGCAAGACCCAGACCCCUAGCUCCAAGGUCAAGGUCCCACUUAGAGGUCAAAGGUAAACUUGGUCUGUUUUUUGUCUGUCUUUGAAAAUAAUUUGACACAAAUGUUAACUAUAUUGAGAAGAUGUGUCACGCUUAUGACCCAGGCCUCUUAGGUCAAAGUCAAGGUCACAAAAUGAACUGUUGCAUUUUUGGGCCUACUUUGGGGCAUUUGUCAACAAUAGUGACAGCUCUUGUUUGAAAAAGGGUUUGAUUUAGCUUCAUUUUGAUGCUAAUUUGCCAACAAUGUUUAAAUGUUACUUCAAGAUACUUAGUUUAAAAAAUGUCUGGUAAUCGUCGUUUUAUGGCAUAUAUUACUAUGCAUUUUGCUGUGUUUGACAUACCACGGCAGAGAAGUUACAUUUUUUGGUGGAAUUGUUUAAAUAUUAAAUGCAUUUUGUUCUCAGAAACAAAUAUAUUGUAAGGCAUGUUUUUAUGUUGUUACCAAACUCACAAUUUGUUUGCAUAGUCCGUAGCAAUAUACCACACAAUCUUAUAUUUUUAUGUCGAAGUCUUCUAAUUAAUUGGCAAUUAUAUGUACUCCCUGUAGAAAAUUAUUAGUUUCUAGCAGAUGGCAUUCAUAAUUACACUAGGAAGAACAUAUUUUUACGAAAACCUUGUAGAGUCCGUAGCGGACUUUUCAUAAUUUUGACAAAAAAGUAAAACGAGGAAUCAUUUUUGUUUCAUAUGAUUGUAAAAAAAGUCUUUGAUUAAACACUAGAUGAAAACUUUCCUAUGUAAGAGACUACUUGUGUUGUUAAAUUAGAGUUACUUACUGAAUGGAAUGACUAAUUUUAUAUCUCUACUUAAAAUUUUAUAAAGCUUCACUUAUUUGUACAUAUUAAACGAAUAGAUGUUGCAAGAGAAAUGAUCUUUUAAUCAACAAUAGUUGGUAUUACGAAAAGGGGACUACGGACUAUAUGAUAAACAGGACUCGGGUAUUGUUAGCUUACAAACAUUACACUAUGAUAUGUAGGUCUAUUUCUAAAGGAAGAUAAUCGUUAUUUUCCUUUCUGAAUUAUAGCAGUUACCUUGUGUAUAUAUAGUUGAUAGACUAUGGUUACCGUAGAUAUAUUGUCUGUACGCCUUAGGUAAUUUGUAUCUUAUAUUAACUGUUUUGAGGUUUACGAGUUAUGUUUAUUGUUAGUUUAAAUGAAAAGAAGACACGAUAGUAUAUAAAUAUUGUUUUGAUCUAAACAUAAUGUUACUAGUGAAACGUUAUUUGCUUAUCUAAGAGCACAAAAUGCUCAGAGUGAGCUAUUGUGGUCGUCCUGUUUCCGUCCUUGUCUGUUGUCAACAACUUUGGCACAACUUUAAUGAAACUUGAUCAGAAUGUUACCCUUGAUAAAAUCUAGUUCAAGAUUUUUAUUUUGUUAAAUAGAUCAUAAAACCUUUGUCAUAUAUUGAAAACAUUAUUAACAGUCCAGUCUUAUCUUCAUAAAACAUUUUCAGAAUGUUCACAUCCAUAAAUCUUUGGUCAGAUUUGAAACCUGAUUAAUACAGUUCAAAAACUAGGUCACUAGGUCAAAUCAUAGAUAAACCAAAUUAACACAGUAGAGACAACGUUUUCUACAACAUAUGGAACAGAAUUAGGGCAAAAAUAUCUUUCGUACAUCCAAUCUUGCCAUUUACAUGUAUGCAUUUGUGAUUCUCAUAUUCACAUGCUUCCUUCUAACAUCCCAAAUUGCAUUGUUACAUGGCCAUUUGUUCAUGCAUCUUAUGUUUGCAUGUUUCUUUUUGAUAUUCAUACCUGAUUAAUUCUGAGAAAUGGUCUGUGCUCGUUUCAUUUUUCUAAGAUAUUCGUGUUGCUUUCAGACAUGCUGUAAUUUGACAUACUACAUUCAUCAUUCAUCUUAUUUACUAGUGGUUACUUGCAUGGUGCCUUCUUAGGAGCGUCAUUGGUGUAUAAUAAAUGAUGAAAAGAACAUAAGUGGUUCCUUAGAUGUUUAAAUGCAAAGAGUUUUAUGUUUAUACAUACAUUUAGCUGUGUGUUAUGAUGCGUUGUGUCAACAUACAUUGAAUUAGUAGUAUUAAUAAUUUUUUAAGUGCUUAAAGCGGUUUGAAAGCAAAAAUCCAGGAACUUCCCCUGGUUACGAUGCACAGAUACUGCCGAUUUCAGAAAACCUCGCCGAAUGGGCGUUUACAUCAAACGCAGGUACCGGUAGUAAAUGACGUAGCUGUCACGCUAGUUAUUGGUGAGCACGCUUGUAGUUUGCUCCGCCCUAAAGUAUAUUUCUAUCAAUCAUAGUGGUUUAAAGUUACAGAAAACAAUAGUGUAAAGGGUUAGUUACAAAAGUUAAAUAUUACGCAAAUUUAUUUCAAGAUAAUUCUGCAUAAUCAUGAUAAUACAUACAUACAUGUGCAUGUGUACAGCAUAUAUACACUUAAAACUACACUGUACUUAGAUUAUAGAUUUGAACUGUCUAUAGAUCUACAGUGAUGUGUAUAAUUUGUAUUUACAGCAACUCUCGACGAAAUACAACAAAACAUCUACCACAAAUUUUGUCUGAUGUUGUUUGAAGGUUUCAUGUUUUUACUGGUGAGUUUAUGUGAUCGCUUGAUGUCUGUAGUCUGUCUGUCUGUCUGUCAACAUUUAGCUUGUGUAUGCGAUAGAGGCUGUAUUUUUCAGCUAAUCUUCAUUAAACUUUGUCAGAAUGAUUACCUUGAUAAAAUCUAGGCUGAGUUCGAAAAUGGGUCAUCUGGGGUCAAAAACUAGAUCACUAGGUCAAAUGAAAGAAAAACCUUGUGUAUGCGAUAGAGACUGUAUUUUUCAAUUGAUCUUCAUGAAUUUUGGUCAGAAUGAUUACCUUGAUGAAAUCUAGGCCAAGAACGAAAAUGGGUCAUCUGGGAGCAAAAACUAGGUCACUAGGUCAAAUCAAAGAAUAACUUUGUGUAUGCGAUAGAGACUGUAUUUUUCAGCUGAUCUUCAUGAAAUCUUGUCAGAAUGAUUACUUUAAUGAAAUCUAGGCCGAGUUUGAAAAUGGGUCAUCUUGGAGCAAAAACUAGAUCACUUGGUCAAAUCAAAGAAAAACCUUGUGUAUACGAUACUGUAUUUUUCAAAUGAUCUUCAUGAAAUUUUGUCAGAAUGAUUACCUUGAUAAAAUCCUGAAUUUGAAAAUGGGUUAUCUGGGGUCAAAAACUAGGUCACAAGGUCAAAUCAAAGAAAAACCUUGUGUAAGCAAUAGAGGCUGUAUUUUUCAAUUGAUCUUCAUGAAAUUUGGUCGGAAUGAUUACCUUGAUUAAAUUUAGGUCAAGUUUGAAUAUGGGUUAUUUGAGGUCAAAAACUAGGUCACUAGGUCAUAUAGAAAAAACUUGUGUAUGCUAUAGAGACAGUAUGAUUGCCCUGAGAAAUUCUAGGUCAAGUUUGAAUAUGGGUCAUCUGGGUCAAAAACUAGGUCACAAUGUCAAAUCAAAGAAAAACCUUGUGUAUGCGAUAGAGACUGUAUUUCUCAAUUGAUCUUCAUGAAAUUUUGUCAGAACGAUUACGGUACUUUGAUAAAAUCUAGGUCAAGUUUGAAUAUGGGUCAUCUGGAGUCAAAAACUAGGUCAUUAGGUCAUAUCUAAGAAAAAAUACUUGUUUAAACUCAAGAGACCACAUUUUUGGUCCAAUCUUAAUGAAAAUUGGCCAGAAUAUUUGUUUCCAUUAAAUCACUAGGUCAGACAUGUUUACACUGUUAUGGUGUGUUUCUCAGGUGAGCGACCUAGGGCCAUCUUGGCCCUCUUGUUU